AUGGUCUCUCUCGGAGCGAUCCUGGCCUCCAACCGACGGCUUGAGUCAGCCCUCCCUGCCGGCCUGGUGGCCGUCUUUGGUGGUGCAACGAGCGGCAUCGACGAGACAGCAACGAAGCAAUUUGCCAAACAUGCCAACGCGCCACGCAUCUACUUCGUCGGCCGCACAGACAGCUGGGCGGAACGCAUCAAAACGGAACUCAAGACCAUCAACCCGAAGGGCAGCUACUUCUCCCUGCAAUGCGACGCCAGUCUGCUCAAGAGCGUCGACGAGGUUUGUCAGGAGAUUAAGGCCAAAGAAACGGUGAUCGGUCUGCUCUUUUUGAGUAUCGGCAGUCUCAUCACUGGGACAAGUACCGUGGAAAACCUGCAUUACUUCGCUGCACUGACGUACUACUCCCGCAUCCGGUUCGCCAUGAACCUCCUCCCGCUCAUCCGCACUACUCCUGCGCUGCGCCGGGUCGUGACCGUGUUUAAGCUAUCCGCCACGGCAGGACGUGGGCAUUUUGCGUCCAUGCUGACGCUCUCCUUUGAGGUACUGGCCCAGAAAGCACCAGAGGUCUCUUUCAUACAUGACUAUCCCGGAUUCGUGAAAACGGACCUCGCGCGAGGCACUAACGGCGUUGGGAUGGCGAUCGUCAAGGGUUUGUUCAGGGUUAUUGGUCCGUUUUUGUAUAACCCCUCCGAGGAGGUUGGUGAGCGGCAAACCUUCUUUGCUACCGGUAUAAGAUUCCCACCCGCCUCUGGUGAUGCCAAGGGCGUGCCCUCUGAAGGUGUCGGUAUUGCCACAGGGACUGAUGGAAGGAAGGGCAGUGGUGUGUACUCGGUGCAUCUGGAUGGGGACACAAAAGUGCAAGAGGUGUUGUCUGCAUUGAGGGAGAGCGGGCUGAAGAAUAAGAUGUGGAAACUUGUUGAGGAGGAGUCUAUUCGCGUAACGGGGAGUGUAUCGAUAUAG